AGGAAGUUGGUCGUCUGAUACCUACUAAGUCUGUGUUUAUGACCAUUUUAUGCACAAUUGCAGCAUAGAUAAUUAAUUUAAUUAAUCUCUAAUUUUAUACUAACAUUUUAUAAUACAGAUUAUGACUAAUAAAAGAAACUAUUGUGCUUUAUUAUAUUUGUUGUGUAUGUUUAUUUGCAGUGUAGAUUCAGCAGCAUAUGAUGUACAUUGGUUAGGAGGUUCCACUACAAUAGAUCGUGAUUUUCCAUCUUCUAAACAAACAGUGGAUAUUUACUGUUAUUCUGGUACUUCAAAAAGCUUGUUAACCCUUUGGCAAACUGUAAAAUUCCAUGUUAAGGUCAAGAAUAACGAGUUCAGUCAAUAUGUGGCUAGUACUCCUGAAGAGGUGUACAAAGAUUAUACUGAAGACAGCUACGGUUGGUCAUCAGUCAUCAGUCCGUUCCAGAGGAAAGCACAGAAAUCACUGUCUUUGGAAUUAUUUACUCCCACAUGCAUGGCCAUUAAUACUAAACAGAGAUAUAGUAUUGAACUACAAGUUAUAAGAGUGGACAUCUGGAGGGUUAUGCUAAUGUUUCUUGGCAUUGCCCUAAUUUAUUCUGCAAAGACAUUGAGUGGGAAUCCGCUAUUUUUCUAUCUUUGUGGCAUAUUAGUUGGAGUUUUUGCUUCUUUCAUGGUUUUAGUUUACUAUGUUAGUAAACUACUACCAAAGAAAACACUGACAUAUGGUAUUCUAAUCGGCGGAUGGACAGUAGGCGUCUACGUGUUUCAACAGAUUUGGGAUAAUGUUCGAGUGAUAAUCUCUUCAUACCAGACGUAUGUGUUUUGGUAUACUCUGGUAGCGAGCUUCAUCAGCUUUCUGGUGUGCUACCGGAUUGGUCCACCACGAAACGAGCGUAGCAAGAAUUUGGUCAUGUGGACUUUGCAGGCUGUUGGUGUUUUGAUGAUAUUCUUCAGCAGCCAUUAUCAAGAAGCGUCGGCCACUGUUAUAGUUAUGUCCCUGAGCGUCAAAUACUUUCCCGACUGGUUACUACACAAGAUACAAGGCUUUUGGCAUCGACGGUUUCCACCGAAACCUCGCCUGUUGUCGAGUGAAGAAUACUACGAGCAGGGUGCGAGAGAGACAAAGCGUGCUUUAGAAGAUCUGCGCAAACACUGCGCCAGCCCUGACUGUGCGCAGUGGCGAAUCAUGCUCAAACUCAACGACUCAAAAAGAUUCGCGAGUUUUGUUGAAGGCAACUCGCAUCUCAGCGACGAUGAGAUACUUGAUUACGAAUCCUACGCUUUCUCGUUGGAGUCGGCGAGGAAACCGGCCGCCAAUUCGACCAGGAACAAUAACAUGGAGAUAUCGGAUGAUGAUUCCUCAGACGAUGAUGAAAUAUAACUGAUUUCAUUGUCGUCUGAGGAAUUUGUCUUUAUGGAUGGUAUUUUUUAAAGAUUUUGAAUUCGUAUAUAGAAACGAGAAAAUGCUAUGUUUGCAGAUAGUUGUGAUUAUUUGUGAUAUAGUACACAGCACGUCAGGUUAUACAAAAAUAAAAAUAAAACAGUUCCAUUUUAAACCUUAAUACAUUGAGGGUAGAGUUCAAAAUAAUAUAUAUAUUGACUUUGUAUCAACCGCGCUUCGUAUAGAAUUUCCCUACCAACAAAGCUCUGUUUACGCUAGUGGUGUAGCGUGACGUGCGGCCGUGUGUAUUUUAAAAGCAAGACUUCUUAAUCAUUGUAAAACAUUUUGAACAAAGUUAAUGAUAUGAUUUGUGAUAUUGGUAUCUCUAAAUUUCAAUUUUUUAUUAGCUGUACUCUUUCAGUACUACUCAUUUAACUUUACCUAGCUAAGAUAUGGGUAAAUGUAAUACAAAAUACAGACUGAAUAGGUAUGGAAAGAAAACAUUACUUGUUAGUAAUAAUUUAAUAUUUUUUCACAUGUAAAUAACAUUUUUAUACUGUUCGCAUCAUUAAUACAUUCAUUUAAUCAUUAUAAAUAAGCACCAUUUAGUAAUUUUAUAAAAAACUAUCUCCUUACAUUUGUAAAUAAGUGCACUUACUAGUUUUAGUGACAUGUUAAUAUUAUUAAGUUCCUUAAUUAGUUGUCUGACCGCCUUUGAUGCAGUUACUAUUCUUUUGAAAUGCUAAAAAUCAGACUUGCAUAGUGAAAUAAGCUGUGAGAUUUUCAAUCAUCGCUCACACAGUAAUUAUAUAGGCAACUGUCUAGGGCAGCCAUUACGUAUGUUCUAAUUAUUUGAAAAUUAAAAAUACAGUACAGUAUAAAAAAAUACUGUAGUUCUUUGUAAACGAGAACAUGUCUGUGAUAUUAAAAAAAAGACCAGUAGUACCUAAGGAGUUUCUUUUGUCAUUAGCAAAAUUAAAAUCCUUAUUACCUACUUACAUUAGUCUUUUAUUUUGCUGUGAUUUUUUAUAGGCGUUGUUUUGAUUUCACUUAUUGUCGGCGGUCGGAUAACUCAAGUCAUUUUUUAUUUAAUACAAGAUUUGUUUGUUUCA